CGGCGCGUCACGCGAGCGGCGGCGGCAGCGACGACCUCCUGGCUCCCGCCCGCGCCCGCCGCACGCACGCGCACUGCGCCCAGCAUGAGGGUCGCGGCUCUGAUAAGUGGUGGAAAGGACAGCUGUUAUAAUAUGAUGCAGUGCAUUGCUGCUGGGCAUCAGAUUGUUGCUUUAGCAAAUCUAAGACCAGCUGAAAACCAAGUGGGGUCUGAUGAGCUGGAUAGCUACAUGUAUCAGACAGUGGGUCAUCAUGCCAUUGACUUGUAUGCAGAAGCGAUGGCUCUUCCCCUCUAUCGCCGAACCAUAAGAGGAAGGAGCUUGGAUAUAGGACGAGUGUACACCAAAUGUGAAGGUGAUGAGGUUGAAGAUCUCUAUGAGCUUUUGAAACUUGUUAAGGAAAAAGAAGAAGUAGAAGGGAUAUCAGUAGGUGCUAUACUUUCUGACUAUCAGCAUGUUCGAGUAGAAAAUGUGUGUAAAAGGCUUGAUCUCCAGCCUUUAGCUUACCUUUGGCAGAGAAACCAGGAAGAUUUACUUCGAGAGAUGAUAUCAUCUAACAUUCAAGCGAUGAUCAUCAAAGUAGCAGCUUUUGGUUUAGAUCCAGAUAAGCAUCUUGGGAAAACCCUGGAUCAAAUGGAGCCUUAUCUCUUAGAGCUUUCUAAGAAGUAUGGAGUCCAUGUUUGCGGAGAAGGUGGAGAAUAUGAAACAUUCACUUUGGAUUGCCCUCUAUUUAAGAAGAAAAUAAUUGUGGAUUCAUCAGAAGUAGUCAUACAUUCAGCUGAUGCAUUUGCACCUGUGGCUUAUCUACGCUUUUUAGAAUUGCACUUGGAGGACAAGGUGUCCCCAGUGCCUGACAACUACAGAACAUCUAAUUAUAUUCAUAAUUCUUGAAAAGCAUUUUUGAACAUUGUUUUCACUAAGCUUCCAUUUCUAUACAAAGAAAUUACAUAGUAUUUUCUCAAUUAUUAUGAUUGUUUUUUUCUCAUUACCUUUUCUUUAUUUCUUAGAAAAACAUACCUUAAUCAGAAGAAGCUAAUGGAACCAUUUAUUAAUCGUUAAAAUGUCAAUGGCUUGUUCAUUAUUAUUGCCAACUUCCUCAGGAUUCACUCUUUCUUUUUUGUUAACACAUCCUCCCAAUGACCUCUGUGUGAGAUGUGCCUCUUAUUUUUCCUUUUACUUCAUCUGUAACCCUCAUUCUGUAACAUUUCUUUUCUUCCAUCACACUAGUUUCUUUUCCUCCUUCUGUCUUUCUUGUUCCAUCUCUGCCAGUAAUGUCAUGAUACAGAGGCAUUUGAAAAUGAAGAGGAAAAUGUGGUCACUUUAUUUAGCCAAUCAAACUUAUUCUACUGGAUGUCACCAAAGUGAUGUAUCAUUUUUGUUUUGAACAUAUUUAUGUUUCAAGAGUCUCAACAUUAUUGCACAAUCAAGAAAAAUGUCAUUAACUCUUGUUACUUUAUAACUGAUUUUAAAAAUGUAAUUUUUCGGUAUUACUGCGUUGACCUUAGACAAUUUAAAAAAAAAAAAAUAGGCUUUAUUUUUUAGAACAGUUUUAAGUUCACAGCAAAAUAGAGCAGAAAGUACAGAGUUCCCGUAUACCUCUGCCUCCACUCGUCUUCCCCCACUAUGAACACCCAGCAACAGACUGGUACAUUUGUUACAACUGACGAACCUAUACUGACAGACCAUUAUGGCUCUAAGUCCACAGUAUACUUUAGGGUUUACUCUUGGUGUUAUACAUUGCACGGGUUUUCACAAAUGUAUAAUGACAUGUAUCCACUAUUAUUAUAUUAUACAGAAUAGUUCACUGCCUUACAAAUUCUUUGUGUUCACCUAUUCAUCCUUCCCUCUCUUCUAACCCCUAGUAACCACUGAUCUUUUUACUGUCCAUAGUUUUGCUUUUUCAGAAAGUCAUGUAGUUGAAAUUAUACUGUAUGUAGCCAUUUCAGAUUGGCUUAUUUCACUCAUUAAUAUGCAUUUGCAUUCCCCCAUUUCUUGUGAUGGAUUGAUAGCUGUUUCUUUUUAGUGCUGAAUAAUAUUCCAUUGUCUG